AUGGACCCUCUUCCUGGCCAGGCAGGCUCCUGCAUGCGCCUGUUCAGCACCAUGCCCUUCUUCUACUGCAACAUGGGCACCUGUGACUAUGCCAGCAGCAAUGACAAGUCCUACUGGCUUUCCACUACGGCAGCUGUGCCCAUGAUGCCUGUGGCUGGCAAAGAGAUCUGUAAAGUGUGUAAAGUAACCUCCCCGGCCGUAGCUAUACACAGUCAGGACACCAGCACAUUCCAGUGCCCCCACAAAUGGAGGAAUUUGUGGAUGGGGUACUCUUUCCUUAUGCACACAGGCGCUGGUGAUGAGGGGGGUGGGCAGUCUCUGACAUCGUCAGGAAGCUGCCUCCGAGAAUUUCGUGCCCAGCCAUUUGUGGAGUGUCAGGGACCGCGUGGCACGUGCCACUACGUUGCCAACGUCUACAGUUUCUGGCUGACGCGUGUGGACAGGAGCGGACAGUUCAGAUCCUCCUCACAAGCCACGCUCAAGGAUGAGAGGCAGCAGCGCCUCAGUGUGGGGCGUUGCAACGUCUGCAUGAAGGAGUAGUCCAGUCCUUCUUGGUCGGGUGCCUUCAACAAGGUCUGCCUCCAGCAUACAUCCUAACCAGAACUGCACUGAAAAUGCACUGCGAUUGGUACAAGAGGCAAUAUCACACCCCUACUGGUCACAGAGGCUGUGACCGUGCUUGCUGGUUACCUUUAAGUCUGUGAACAUUUACUAUUAUAUUCCUAACUUGUUUUAUACAAAGCUCAUUCAGCAAACAUACUUGAUUAUUACCCUUUAUAUUAUCCUCUGCUGAUUCAUUUACAAGGAUACAGUAGUAUUAGAUUCAGCAACUGCAGUAUUUUGUUUUGUAAAUUGGCUGAAAGCUUUUAAUCAUGUAUUAUGUACCCAGGACAUAAUAUGUUUGUCAGAUUACCAAAAUGGAAAGGUUUUAAAAAAAUUGGCCUACACAAUUGUAAUAUGUCUAAAGUAGAUUAGAUUAAAAACAUUUGCACAUUUAAAAAUACACAAAAAUUACAAAGAUGACAAACAAAAUUACACAGUUCAAGGAGAGACA